UCUUUUUUUUUUUUGCAUUCGUUGGCAUCCUGGUUGUCCCAUUAUGGCUCUCUAGAAUCCUAAUCUUCUAUGAAAUUACAUAUUUGACCCUAUAUUUGGUCUAUUGUUACAAUCUGUUAAGGGUGUUUUUGACAUUCCACUGGGGAGCAGACUGCCACAUUGCCACGUGGGCGUUAGAACAGUGAACGACAAGGGAUCCGGUAGCAACAUAGUUAAGCGACGCCGCGAAGGAGGCGAUCCCGCCCUAGCCCAACCUGCAUCACUGUACGGGCGCGAGAAACUUCCGAACAAGACGACGAUGACGACGACUGCCACUGCGUGUGUUUGGUGAAGAGAGAGAGGGCGCUUCCGCCAUUUGAGAUCGCCAUCCACACACGCACACUCUCUCUUUCUCUGUCUGUCUGUCUGUCUCUCUCUCUCUCUCUCUCUCUGUAUCUGCUAAUUCUGAACCCGCCGGCCGACGUUACUGCGGUUUUGGCGGGAAUUCUUAUCGGAUUUUCAGCUUCUUAUUUUUGAAGAACUGUGGUUGUCGGUGAUCGCAACUAUUUGAAUUGGUGGGGUUUUGGGGAGUGGGAGAAAGAAAUGGGGGUGUCGGACAAUACGAGAGGAUUGAUACUGGCAAUGGCGUCGAGCGCUUUCAUUGGCUCCAGCUUCAUCUUGAAGAAGAAGGGUCUCAAGCGCGCUGCUGAUUCCGGUACACGCGCAGGAGUUGGAGGUUACACUUACUUGCUUGAGCCUCUUUGGUGGGCAGGAAUGGUUUUGAUGAUUGUUGGAGAGGUUGCAAACUUUGUUGCCUACGUUUAUGCUCCAGCAGUUCUGGUGACCCCCCUUGGUGCGUUGAGUAUAAUUAUUAGUGCCAUUUUGGCGCAUUUCAUGUUGAAGGAACGGCUACAGAAAAUGGGUGUUCUGGGAUGUGUUUCAUGCAUUGUGGGAUCAGUAGUGAUUGUAAUCCAUGCACCUCAAGAGCACACUCCAAAUUCGGUACAAGAAAUCUGGGCUCUGGCAACUCAACCAGCAUUUCUAAUAUAUGUAGCAGCUACAUUAUCCGCAGUAUUGGCUUUGAUCUUGUAUUUUGAACCUCGAUAUGGACAGACAAAUAUACUGGUUUACUUGGGCAUUUGUUCAUUAAUGGGUUCACUUACGGUUGUAAGCAUAAAGGCUAUUGGAAUUGCUAUAAAGCUUACUCUGGAGGGGAUAAGUCAAGUUGCUUAUCCUCAAACUUGGUUUUUCCUUACUGUUGCAGCAGUCUGUGUCAUCACGCAGUUAAACUAUCUGAAUAAGGCGCUGGAUACAUUUAAUGCAGCAAUUGUUUCUCCAAUUUAUUAUGUCAUGUUCACAACUCUGACUAUAAGUGCAAGUGCAAUAAUGUUCAAGGAUUGGUCAGGUCAGAAUGCAAGCAGCAUAGCUUCAGAGAUAUGUGGAUUCAUCACUGUCCUUUCAGGAACAAUCAUACUGCAUGCAACAAGGGAACAGGAACCAGCUACUGCAUCAGGAACCAUAACAUGGUAUCUAAGUGGGGAUGCAAUGAAGGGUGUUGAAGAUGAACAUUUUAUCACUUUACACCAUUCUGAUUAUUUUGAGCACUGAAUUUUUGCUUUGAAAUGGAUGGACAAAGAAAAUGAUCCCCGGCAAUGAAGCAACACAAUGCUGUGACGUAGCAUUACACUAGUGCAUUUGCAGGGUGAAAGAGUUCCUCUCUUUCUCUUCACAAACUUGGAGAUUCAGGAUUUUUCCAGAUUAUUUCUUUUCUAUGCAACCCUGUUGACAAGUUGCAGGGCAGGAUGGUUGGAAGAUGGGAAUUGCCAAACCAUUUGAAAUUAGCAAAGGAGGCUGCAGUUCCCUAUCAUUCAUGGCUGGUCCGAUAAUUGCCUUCAAAUUUGUACAUAUUUAUCCACAUGCUUCCAUUCAAUGAUAAUUUGAGUAUAGGGUUUAUUCUUUAGUUGAAUUGUAGUAGUACAUAGAUUAUUACUGACUCGUUUUGUCGAUCACUAAAUCAUCGGUGUGGAUACAUACUCUUGUAGAGUUGAAAAAGAUCAAUUGUAUGAACACUGAUCUGCAGAAACAUGGAGUCAUCUUUGCUUGUGUGUGC